AUGAGCCAAGAUGCUGGGAACAGCCACUUCCACCGUUGGCUCGACGAAGCUACUAGCAGCCCAAGCAACAUGGACAUCGGUGCCCUCGAGUAUGAAGAUAAUGACGAUACCAAGUCUGAUUCGAGCUACAACUUCGACCAGAGCUCUGGAUAUGAUGGUGAUGAUGACCACCACAGCACCUUCACUUUGACACAUCCUGCCCGCCGAGUCCAUGCGUGGAAUUUUUGGUUGCCCCGCAUAAGUAGUCAUUUCAUUUUCUUCCCCUUGGUAGGUCAAGUACGACCUCCGGCCAAAGGGAAGGCGAUGUUGACGUUAAUCACGCGUCAACAGGCCCGAGGGGCUGCUCUGAUCGACCCUGUAGAAUCUGAACUUGCCCAAGAUAUUGAGGAACAAGUCCAGCGCGCAAUGACAGAAAGAGCAAAUCCAGUGAACAAUGCCAACUAG